UGGUAUUGUUUAUAUUGUAAAACUAAUCAUUAUUCCUUAAUCUGUGAUCUAAAAAAACCUAAAAAGUACUAUUUUGCACAGACCAGUACAUUUUGUAGCAGUGAUUUUAGUGUGCACUUAAAUUAAAUUCAAUGAACUUUGGUGUACCAACUGUAGUUGUUGCAGCUGUGCACUUGGCACUUAGAAAGUUAGAAUUGCUCACUUCAAGUAACGUCAUGUUCGAUUUGGUUUGGUCACUACAUUUGUGAUUUUCACACCAAAACUUGAGUGACUUUUUGUGUCGUGAAGAAGUUUAUUAUUUUUAAAAAGAAGUUUAGGACUAAACACUAUUGCAUUGAAAAUUUAAGACUCUCCUAUAUAAUCAAUAUGAGUUACGAAGGAUGGUAUUCCAAGAAGGAUGUACUCAAAGACUUGAGGAAGGCUACCGGCAAACGUGUCCUGGACAUUGACGAGAGAUCAGUUCUAGUUGGAGAGCAGCCACCACCUCAGCGGUACAACAUGCUAGAUGAAGAAGCAGAGUUGCAGUUGCUGCGGCUCUGCGGUGGGUGCAAGCCGGCCACUGAAGGUGUAUGCACGCCCGACCUGGUCGGCAUCACGCAAAUGCUACGGAUGGUUGACGGCUUAAGCGAAGAAGAACCAAAACAAGAAACACUCAAACCAACAAGAGCGUCUAAACAUAUAAUAACUAAAAGCGUGCUAAAUCCUGAGGUGGGCGAAUUUGUGCCCAUUAGUAGUCAUAUUAAACAUGGUACGGAAACAAAGAAGGAAACGAAUUCGAAAAAAACGGCUAAGACUGACACUUGUGAUACAUUAAAUUUAAGUCAAGGAGGUAUAGACACACAUCAACUUACAGAGAUAGAGAUUAAGGAAAUGAGAGAUAAGCUCAAAACUAAAAUUAGUGAAACAUCCAAAGCUGCCUGUGUGAAGGUAAAACGCGACCGAAACAUGGCGAUAGCGACGCUACUCAAACUGUAUUGCCAAGCGCCUAAACCAGCAGACGAGCAUAUACCCAAAUUGAUAUCACCAGCGUACUUUGAAAACUCUAUAGAAAAAUUACGCAUAGCAAGAAAUUCUACGAAACAAAAAGAGAUAGAGACAAAUACUAUUGAAAUACAUCAAACUUCUACGGAAAAACAGCAAAGUGAUUCUAUCACAGACGAUAUAAAAGUGAAAGAACCGCAUAUAUCAAACAUAGCAGCCUCUGUGGAUAAGGUGCAAAAGUGGUUGCGAGAUACGGAGAAUGUUGAAAUAAAAAUUGAAAAACCAAAGUUAACAAUGAAAGUAGAUGAUCUAAAUAAGAAAAGCGACGUUAACAAAACGAAUGGCCACUUUAAACAAACGGACAAAAUGAAAGGCUCUAUGUAUUUAGGCGCUAUAACUUUUAAAAGAAAAGCCUGCAACAGCAAACCAGCCUCGCCUACAUCUACCGAUUCCGCGGAGCGGAGGAAACCGGAAAAUGGGAAUGUUCCAAAAGGCGCUGUAUACAAACCAUCUCCUUACGCCGCGGAGCUCAACAAGAAAUAUUUAGAGCGCAGUAAAGUACAAGAGUCCCUUAAAGAAGACUUCUGGGCGGUAGUAGAAACUAAGCUUAAAGCCAAAGACGAGGAAAUAAAAAACAAGCAAGCGAAGCUGGAAGCACCAUCCGAGAAUAGCAUAAAUUAAUUGUUAUAUAAUAAGACAUUUAGAACAUU